GAGGAUGGACGCAGCAGCAUCCAGAGACCCGCGCCUGUCAUCGGCUGUGCUCGCGUGUGUCUGAGCGCCGAACGGUGAACUGGAGCCGGUGGAUGUGACGCGCACUGCGGACUGAAUGUGCGGAGAUGUGCUGCGAUCCGCCGCGCGAUGAUGGAGAUACUGGACCUGCUCAAUAACACACAUGUGCGCUGAAGAUGAUGACGAGAAAACACACAUUUAACUGAUGCUUCAUCUUCAUCAUCUUAGAUCUCUCCUCCUCUUCAUCAUCAUCAUUUGAGUCUGGUGUUCACCUGCGCGCCAUGAAGAGGAUUUAUCUCAUGACAAAUACAGCUGAUGUGGAUUUUUCUUCCUGAUUUCUUGAGAAUUCCUUCAUCUUUUAUUCGUUUGGUGAGGUCCUCAGAUCUGAUGGUUUCAUUCGGUCUUUGCUGAUAUCUGUAUCCAUCACUUUGGGAGAUUCACACAGUGAAACAUGAGAUCACGGGUUCCUCUGCAGAUUCUGCUGUAUGCAACGGUCAUCAGAAGUCUGAAAGUGGUGUCCAAGCGCGGCUCAGUGGACGGCUGUACGGAUUGGUCUGUGGACUACCUGAAAUACAAAGUUCUGCUUGGGGAGCCUGUGAGGAUUAAAUGCGCUUUGUUUUAUGGAUACAUCCGUGCAAACUACACACAUGCUCAGAGCGCCGGACUCAGUCUGAUGUGGUACAAAAGCACCGGCCACGGAGACUUUGAGGAGCCCAUUUCAUUCGACGGGAGCCGGAUGAGUAAAGAGGAGGACUCCAUCUGGUUCAGGCCGGCCGAGUUACAGGACGUGGGACAUUAUUCAUGCGUGUUGAGGAACUCCACGUACUGUAUGAAAGUAUCGAUGUCGCUCACGGUGGCCGAGAACAACUCAGGUCUCUGUUACAACUCCAAGAUGAGGUACUUUGAGAAGGCCGAGCUGAGUAAGAGCAAAGACAUCCUCUGUCCUGACAUAGAUGACUACAUACAGUCCGGAAAAGACCCAGAGAUCACCUGGUACAAGGAAUGCCGGCCGAAACAGUGGAGACAGAGCAUCGUCAGGAAGGCGGAUGUGCUCUCCAUCAAAGACGUGCGGGAAGACGACAUUGGAAAUUACACGUGCGAAUUACAGUUUGGGAGUUUUGUGGUGAGGAGGACCACUGAUCUGUCCGUCACAGCACCACUGACUGACAAGCCUCCCAAGAUCCUCUACCCGUAUGAAAAUAAAAUGAGCGUCAUGGAGAUGCAGCUGGGCAGCCCUGUGAACCUGACCUGCCGAGCGUUCUUCGGUUACAGCGGGGAUGUGAGUCCUCUCAUCUACUGGAUGAAGGGAGAGAAGUUCAUUGAGGAUCUGGACGAAAGCCGGAUCAGAGAAAGUGAAAUUAAAACUAUUCGGGAGCACCUGGGAGAGCAGGAAGUGUCCAUCUCCCUGACAAUAGACGCCGUGGAGGAGAGCGACCUGGGAAACUAUUCAUGUUAUGUGGAAAAUGGCCACGGAAGACGACAAGCCAACAUCCAGCUCAGCAAGAGGGCAGAGCUCAUGUAUACGGUAGAGUUGGCUGGAGGUUUGGGAGCCAUUCUGCUGAUGUUGAUAUUUUUGGUGUCCCUGUAUAAGUGUUACAGAAUUGAACUCAUGCUCUUCUACAGAAAUCACUUUGGCAGUGAGGAUGUGGACGGAGAAAAUAAAGACUAUGAUGCAUACGUGUCCUACACUAAAGUGGAUCCAGACCAGUGGAGUCAGGAACCCAGAGAGGAAGAACGAUUUGCAUUGGAGAUUCUGCCAGAUGUUCUGGAAAAGCAUUAUGGGUAUAAACUCUUCAUUCCUGACAGGGACUUGAUCCCAACUGGAAGUUUCAGCAAUGAUCAUUUCCAGGAUGACACAAGACUCCUUAGAGCCUACAUUGAGGACGUGGCUCGCUGCGUUGACCAGAGUAAACGUCUCAUCAUCGUUAUGACGCCUAACUAUGUGGUGAGGCGCGGCUGGAGCAUCUUUGAGCUGGAGACACGACUGCGGAACAUGCUGGUCACCGGAGAGAUCAAAGUCAUCCUCAUCGAAUGCACUGAGUUGCGGGGAAUCAUGAACUACCAGGAAGUUGAGGCUCUCAAACAUACCAUAAAACUGCUAACGGUCAUCAAGUGGCCGGGACCAAAGAGCAGCAAGCUCAACUCCAAAUUUUGGAAGCAGCUGCAGUAUGAAAUGCCCUUUAAGCGGCCUGAGCCCAAGCUGUCGCAUGAGCAGGUGCUGGAUGUCAGCGAGCAGGGCCCGUUUGGUGAGUUGCAGACAGUCUCUGCAAUCUCCAUGGCCGCAGCGACUUCCACCGCCAUGGCCACUGCUCACCCUGAGCUGCGUUCUACUUUCCACAAUACGUACCACACGCAGCUGCGACAGAAGCACUACUACAGGAACUAUGAGUAUGACAUUCCUGUCUCUGGGACCCUCCCGCCUCUGUCAUCACUUAGCAACCAGCACACUUACUGCAACAUCCCCAUGACUCUACUGAAUGGCCAGCGAGCGCAGGGGAAGUUGCCCCACGAGCAGCAGCAGGCCAUAGAGGAGCAGCAUGUGAACAAUGCUAUGCUGCCACUGUUGCCCCGGGAAACCAGCAUUUCCAGUGUGAUCUGGUGACAUCGCUGGGAAGUGACCGCUUCUAUUGGUCGAAUGUUAAUGGCACUUUUUAAGACCCUUAAAAACCGCUGCUGUUGACUUUGCACCAUGAUUCACAGGGAUUCGAAACAAUGUGAAAUCUCAAAACAGGUGGCUGAGAUGACAGAUUACAAGAGCCCAUUCAGUUUCAUUCCCUCACAAACAGCUCGUUCAUAUAGUCUCAAGGAAUACAGGGUCUUGUACAUAUUGUUUGCAGUUUCUUUGUAGCAUCUUUUGUUUUCAUUUGAAUUUUUUUUUUUUUUUUUUUUUUUUUUACCAUGUCUGAUUUGUUCUUUUUCUCCUUAUAAAAUGACUGAGCAGAGACACGUGAGACAGAGUAAAGGCUGAUGUGUUUUUCUCUUGACCUACUGUUUGAAAUAAUACUUGUUUUCUAAGUCAUUACAGAAUUUGUGCCGUUGUGAUGUUUUUUUUUUUUUUUUUGGUUGGUUGGUCAAUGAGAUCUAAGAAAAACACACUAUUAUGCAAAUGCUACUGAGGCCUGAAAGCUCUUCUUCCUGAAUGAACAGCCGAGCAGACGACAUUCAUGAGGAAAAACUAGAUGUCAUUAUGAUGCUCUAGUGUCUCUGCUGCUCUCUGUUUCUCUAUUUAAUAUAUUGAGACUUUCUAUUUAGAAGAAAGAAGUAAAAACAGCCUUGCUGUUCAGCUUGAUAGGGAGAACUUAAGAAAAUCUGUAAAUUAUUUUAAAAGAAAAAGUAUAUUUUUAUAACAAAAGGAUUUGCUUGGGAAGUCAUAAAAUAAGUUACAUUUCAUUCAUUCCACUAAUGGAAGCACUGGAGAGACAUUUUAGCUCAUCAAUUCAGAGAGAAAAAAAUGACAAGAGUAUUUUUAAUGUCCCUGUCAAAUCAUGGAUGAGCAGGGGAAAACCAGUAUUUGUGUUUUAAUUUUCCCAAUGAUACUGGCAUCAUUUCUGACUGCGCAUAGCAACUAGAUAUGUAUUCAAUUUAUGAUAUAAUUAUCUCUCUCUCUCUCUCUCUCUCUCUAUAUAUAUAUAUAUAUUUGCAAAGACAUUUUCACAUCAGAAAAUGUGCUUAAUCUGUCUCUAAAUAGUUACAUUACUUGUUCUCUUCACUGCACAUUAAAACCUGUUAACCUCCACUGUAGUGCCUCCAGCUGCUCCACAACAAACACCGACUGGUACUGCAUUCUAUCACUCUUUAUAAGGUACUUCCAUCACAUCACUUCUCUCCACCUCAUCAGUGUGAAGUUUUACACGUUCUAUUGUAGUAAAUGUAGAAACUGUCAUUAGGGGAAGGAGCAGACCUGGGCAAAUUUUUACCUCAUUUUAUACAAUGGGCCAGUCCUGUGUCAGCAACUAGGGGCAGCUUACACACACCUCUACUCUCGUAGCUUAAUGCAAGACAAGUAGAGGACCAAAUUUAAAGGAACGCAAAUGUCCAGUGUUUUUAUGAGAGGGUCAGUCAGUCAGCCCUCGUGUGCUGGACUGUCCAGGCAUUCAUUAAUGAAGCUGCCCCGUCACACACACUGCGCACCCUAGUUCUGAGUUGUGCAGACGUUCAGCUUAGUUUUAGAUGCCAUGUUUUUAAGUCUCACUCUCAAUCUAAUGAAGGCUUUACAUCAAUAACUCAAAACUCUGUUAGCAUGCAAAUUAAGUGAAACCAAAGCUGGCAAUUAGCGAUGGGUACAUAUAUUUUGCCUUUUCAGAUGUGCUGGUGGAUAUAUAAUCCUGGAUUUAAAAUAGGAGAAAAGAGAUCAAAAUUCAUUAAUUCACAACAUAAGACCCCAUGUGUUAUUUGCAUUGCUUAUUUUAUCAGUAGUGCCAAAAGAAUCAUUGUUUAAUAUUAAGAACAAAUCAUAUGCAAAAAUCUGUAACUCACAGAGGUGGGAAAAAAAAAAAAAAAAAAAAAAAGGUCAUGCCAACCUUCUCAUUAAGCAUUUCAUCCUAAACAGACCCCAGAUUUCCAGUUUGUAAAUGCCAGCUCUGUUUGGAAUAAUCUGUUGGUGCUGAGCUCCUCUCACAAUCACUGACCCGCUGAGGCCCGAGGGACUGAUCUGAGAGAACACCAAUCUAAUUAUUCCCACAUUAUUAUUUUACUAAGGAUUUUUUUCUUGUAUUUUUUAUUACAUUGUGUAAAUAUAAAUUGAAACGGUAAUAAAAUGAAGACAAUCUAGCCACAUUCAUGAAAAAACUAAACAAAACAAAAAAAAAAAACAGUUGGCAUUUUCCAACAGAGUGGCAAAUUGUUUCAUGAAUAUUUCUGAUAUUACUGAUAAAUAAAUAACAUAAAUAACAAUAAUAUUAAUAAUAAUAAUAAUAUAUAGCACAGAAUUUGUCUCUGGCACUUUCACCAAUCUUACACUAAAGAUUAAGGUUCUGUUUGUCUCCUGUUUUUGAAUUUUUCUCUUUUUUAUUCUGUAUCUGCAAUGUUAAUUGAAGAGAAACCAUCAUUAAUAAUAAUAAAAUACACAUUUAUUAAUA